AUGGACUUCUUUAUCCCGGAUUUCCUUCCGAGACCAGAAAUGCUCACCAGAGAUAUUGAUUCUUUCACUCUUGUCAUUUUCAACAAGCCGUAUACUGUUCCGCUUUGGAAUUUGCUUUCAAUUUCCGAAAAAGUCAGCAGGCUUUACGCGCAAGAUCCAUGUCUUCGCAAAUACAGAUUGAACAUUAGCGAAGAAGUCAUGAAACCAGAGAAUAUGGAAAUUUGCGUCAAAUCGCUCCUUAAUUAUUUCAAUAAUUAUCUUUCCUUUGGCCAGAUCGAUAACGACAAUGUAUUCUUCUUAUGGCGUGCAGCAUGCGAUCUCGAAUCUUUUGAUUUAAUCCAAAAAGUCAGCCAAUUCCUUGCAGCCAACAACAUCGAUCAAUCAAUCUCCAAAAUGCUCACUUCCACAGUUGAAGCAUGGCAAAUCCCACAUAUCAUUCUUUAUUUGGCCACUAAUUUUCAUCUCAUUCCCAAUUUUUACCGUUCAAACUCUCUUAACAGAUCUAUUAUUGAAAAUCUUAUCCAGAAUGAGCUUUUAGAUGAUAAAAUCAAGUUCAAUCUCAUCUACGAAGUCGCCAGAAAUGAUCCACAGUUUAAUUACAAUUAUUCCGCUGUAAACAUUGCCAAAAUCGAUCCUGCGAUGCGCAAAUACCUGCUUAAUACAGUCUUCAACAUUCCAGAGUCCGGCCCUACUCCAUAUGAGAUAUCUGGCGCACUUUGGUUAACUCUUCGCGAAUGGUUCAUCCAUUGCCAAGAAUUCGGUCCAAUGCCUCAGCCAAUGAUGCAGCCACAAAUUCAGCAGCAAAUUCCGCCUCAAGUUCAGCUGAAAAUGCCUCCUCAAAUGAUGCAGCCACAAAUGCCUCUACAGAUGAUGCAGCAGCCUCAGAUGCAGCCACAAAUGAUGCAGCAACCUCAAAGCCAACAAAUUCCUACACAAAAUCCACAAAUUUCCCAAAAUCAGCCGAACAUGGCCCAAAACCAACCGAAAUUACCACCGCAGAUGAUGCAGCCUCCUCAGAUGAUGCAGCAGCCUCAAAUCCAACAAAAUUUACCACAAAACCAGCCAAAUAUGCCUCCACAGAUGAUGCAGGCGCAGAUGCCACCGCAAAUGAUGCAGCAACAAAUGCCAUUCCAAGCGCAAAUGCCUCCGCAAUUACAAAAACCAGGAAUGCCACCUCAAAUGAUGGCUCCUCCUCAAAUGCAGCAGCUCGUUCCACCAAGAAUGGCAUUCCCGCAAGUAAUUGUCCAGCAGCCAAGUCCGGAGAGCUCAUCACCAAAUUUGAUCAAACCUCUUCCUCGACCAGCAUCAACGAGCAAAGUUCCAGCACCACGCCCUACAACAGUAUCCGCUCCACGUCCUGUUGCAGACAUUCCACGUCCUGAAUCCGCUCCUCAGAUGAAUGAUGACGAAGAUGACGAAGAUUCUGAGUCAGGAGACGAAAACGAUGAUGAAGAUGAUGACUACAAUGAAGAAGAAGACCAAGAGAAUAUUUACGGCGAUGAUUUCGAAGUCGAACCAACGACAAUUCCAGCUCCAGGCGAAGCCAGCGAGAAAUACCUCGAGGGCAUCUUCAACCACAUCAUCAACUGCAUUGGAAACCCAAUGAGGUACCACAUUGUCGAUGUGAAAGGAGGCGGAACAAAGAGAUACGCGCUAAAGAACUUGGUUGAUCCAACUGUAAAUGAUUGGUGGUCAAACAGGAACAAGAAGGACCACUUCGAACAGGACAGAUGGUUCACAAUCCACUUCAACAUGCACGAACUCAAAUUGACAGCGUACUCCUUGUACUGCCACAUCUCACAGCCUUACUGCGCUCAGCCAAAGUCGUGGGAACUCUACGGAGCAAAUUUCGACAGAGGAGAGGACUGGGUGUUGCUUGACCAGCAGAAAGAUGAAAAGAGAAUGAACGCAAAGGACGCACUCACAAACUUCCCAAUUCCAAGAAAGAACCAGGGUAUUUACAAGGAUUACAAGAUGGUGUUGUACGAUAACUGGUCAAAGCACGAACCAAACAAGUUCUUCUUGACUUCAAUCGAGUUCUUCGGUGAGUUAUUGAAUGGUGACUAA